CGGCGCCUUGAAUUCCAUCACGGUUCUCCCAAGAACAUCAAAUUCACAAUCUAACCACUCAACCAUCCAACACGAGAGCAUGCGCUCUAGAUACCUUGUAACUAUACUCAUCUUGUAAUAAUGGCGUCGCCACAGCUAGCCAUAGCCAAAGUAUCAUUCUCCGCCGUUCUUUUACGUCCAGAUCCGACAUCAUGUUCCCGCGGCGAGAUUGACGAGUUUCUUCAGCUACUCGACGCGACCAUCUCGCGAUGCUCUCCACCCAAUGUUCAGAAAUGCAAGCAAUGGAUAUUAAAGAACCUGGUCCGGUCCUCUGCCAGGAUCGCCGCCUUAGGGAAAUAUCUGACGGCCUUGGCCAAGUCCUACCCCGUGGAAAUCGCCGCCAGCAGGCAAGCGCGUGAGCCUUCCUCGAAACGAAAGCGACUCCAUAUACUCUACAUUCUGAAUGAUGUGUUAUACCAUGUCCACAUUCGGGAUCGCAAUUCCGACUUUGCAGAAAAGCUAGAACCGGUCAUCCAAGACCUUAUUCGAACCGCUGCAGUCUUUCCAAACUGCCCCAAGCACACCAAGAAAGUAACGGACCUUGUAGACCUCUGGGGUGAAAAGCGACACUUCCCAGAACCCUUCAUUCAGAAGCUUCGAACAACCAUCAAGGAUGCGCCAGAUGCCGCUGCUAAGGGCGAUGCGCCAAUCGAUGGUGUCCAGGCUUCGGGCGCGGAAUCAUCAAAAGAAGCCCCUUUCAUCAUGCCAGCCAUGCAUGGUGAUAUGUCUGUAUCAUGGUACGACUUACCUGCAGCGAACUGGCUACCCGUCCUUGAACCCAAUUCAACGAGACCAAUGAACCCAGAAAUGAUCAAGCCUCUGCAGCUUACCGCGGGCCCUGCGGAGGAGAGCUUAAUCAAAGCUGUCCAGAAUUUGCUUGCCGAUGUAGACCGUAUCUACAAUAAGGACCAUCGCGAGAUCGAUCGAUCCACCGAAGACAUCGAUCAGUUAGGGCAACGAGUUGUGUUGGAUGAGAUCACUGGCGAUGUAAUCGACGGAGAGACCUAUUACGGCUGGUCACGCGCCUUCUGCGAGAAGAUGAAGCAGCGUCGCAAGAAAGCCAGCAGCUCUGGAAAUGGCCACCGCGGGCGUAGUAUAUCACGAUCACGUUCAGACUCGCGAAGCUCCUCCCGCGGUUCGUCGCGACCUGCUUUUAAGCGACGGCGGGUAUCUAGCUCUCGCAGCGAGAACAGGAGUAGGAGCCCCCGGCGGAGCUACAGCAGAGAACGGCGCCGGCAAAGAUCAUACAGCAGGUCAAGAUCACGUUCACCCUCAAGGGAUCGGAGGUAUAACCGAUCGCGCUCGCAAUCUCAAGGACGGAGUCCACCGCCUCCGCGAUCGUACGAAUCUCCUUACUACGCCGGCUCGAACGGAAAACCGCAGUCCGGCUUUCCAAAUCAACCUCCGCACCUGAACCCAAACCCAGCAUAUCAACACUCAGCGCCUCCGUUCCCACAGUCCUUCCCCUCGCAUCCCAUGGACCAAGGUCAGUUCAUGGUACCACCACCUCCGCCCCCACCACAGAAUUACCAAGGACAAUGGCCACCGCCACCUCCUCCGCCUCCCGUCGCCGGCAUGCCUCCAAACAUACCCCCGAACAUGCCGCCGAAUAUGCCGCCGAACUGGCUUCAGAAUAUGGCGAUGGGCAGUUGGCCAUCACAUCCGUCUCCCAUGUCUCCCGGAGGACUUCCACCGCAGCAACAAGGAAACGGUUUCCAGCAAUACGGCAGAGGCGGAAGGGGCGAUUACCGUGGACAGGGGUACCGCGGAGGUUGGGAUCAUAGAGGGCGUGGUUGGUGAUUGGGCGGGAAAAGGUAGAUGUGGUAUUUAAACGACCUACUCUACUCAAUAUUACGAAUUAAUACGAAGCUCCAGCAUCUGUGAUAUCUAAAUACAUACAUAGUGCAGUGACCAAUGACCGUAAACCUAACUCUACC